AUGUCCAUUCCGUUUAUAUCAUUAUUUCCUACAUUAACAGAAUUGUAUCAAGAACCAUGUUUAAUACAAAACCCUUUCUUCACUGUGGUGGAUAUGGAUUGUUGGCCAUGCAGUUCAGUGAACAACAUUGGUGAGAUUUUCAAUCCACUACCAGUCCAUAAACAACAAAAUGCUCCAUUUAUUUAUAAGACUGAGCAUUCAAGAAUGAGCAUUGAAGAUUUUAGAAAUCUUUACAUAAAAAAUAAAAUGUUAUUUGAUAAAGAGAGUCCAAAAGUACUUGUUAAUAACAAAAACUAUUUAACCCCACAAAAUGUAUUUUAUGUAGAAAACUUACAAGAAAAUCUGUAUGUUUGGAAAUUGAAUAACUUUAAUGUAGCAAGGAUAUUAAGACAGAUAAUCCCAAGACCUAAGGUUGUACCAAAGUUUGGUCAAAGCACAGAAAGAUUCAUUAUAAUUGAUUCAAAACAUGACAUGUUUCGUAUACCAGAUACAGAAUGUAACUUUGCUUUUAUAUUAGUAUUAAGUGGAACAAGAAUAAUUGAUUUACAACCUGCAGAUGAAUGCAAACAUCAAUGUAAAUCGUUCAAAAUGGAAUUAAAAGAGUCCUAUUUAUUAUGGUACAACUGGUGGUACUGGAGACCUGUAGUUCAACAAUCAUCGAGUAAUGAAACAUUUAUAGCUCAUGUUGGCUCAUAUUGU